CUACAGAGUGCGAAUAGUCACGAUGGCAUUCCUUACUUUUCUUAUGAGCCAUAUGGCCCUCAUCAUUUCCAUCGUGAAUCUAGGGCCACUAGUGAGCACCUUAUGACACAACACGUAAGUAGUCAGGUCAUGUAUUCUGCCAACAGAUGGAAACAGUAAGAACGAGUUCCUCCCAUACCCCAUUCCAUCUGUCUGUUCAAGUCUGGUGAUUCUGCAAUGCCCGUGUCCGUGACUGCCGGUGAACCAUCGCGGGGCCUCAACACCUCAAAUCAACGCAAUCAGCUCAAUAUUCAGCCAUAUCUGUUUGCCUUGUCCCACUUGAAAGCUGGCCCUGAGCCUGCAUUAUCACCGGCUUGCUGCAUCGCCAGCAUUCGCGACCCAUGUACAACCACUUCAUUCUUCAAUAAUCUUAUCUAUCUCACCUACUAGUGGGGUUAUCCGUCAAACUGGGUGAUCGUUGCUCAGGGAAAAGACCUCUUGCUCAAAGCCAAUAACGCAAUCUAGGAAGUCAAGACACCAACACCUGCUCCUGCUCAUGUCGAGCCCGCUUUGCUGGCAUCCAUAAUAUCUUAAAAUAGUAUCUGCAAAGGGUCGACUGCAUCAUCCAAUCCCGGAGACCCCAGGACUGUACUGGACUGGAGGGGUCGAUGCACUGUAUGGAAUAAAGUGUUUACUACCUCCACUAGCAAGUCAAUUCCUAUCCCAUCACCCAUUCUGCUUCUGUCGAACCGUUACCGGCAUCUUCUCACCUACUUGAUCGACUGUUUUAACAACAAACAACCUUGAGUCUUCGGGCGUUUUUGAUACGAUCGGCCGUGCGUGCUGUGACCUAGCCUACAGCCCUUUAUCGAAGCCAUAUGUCUGUGGCCUGGCCCCCAGGGAGCAAGAAAACUUCUGACCUUGAAUUAGGGUGUCAAAAUAAACUGGUCUAGAGGCUUGCUAAGAUAUACUAAACUUACCUAAGUCUUUUCAUCACUUAGAAAAGAGGUCCUAGGUUUUCUUGCCUCCUCACCCUUGCUGGGUCGCACCAAUCGCAGCCUUCCACGCUAAGGUAGGCAUCUCGCCUUGUCCAGGGACCACGCACUUCACACUUCUUCCCCAACCGCGACAACUGCUCCACCCCAGCAAAGCAUUCGUACCUUAGCGCACCACCUCAGCCACGGGCGGGCUUGGUGUCUCCUCAAGCUAUUAUACCCAACUUACGCAUCAUCUCCAGCUCUUUCGCUGUGGAGAGUUGAACCGACCGAACCCAGCUCUGGCAAUACGGCGACGGAGUAUUGGUUCGGUGGAUGGCGUACAAGUCAGAUAUCAUUCUGUUUCCCUCACUCUACAGACAAGCCUCUUUCUUGGCUACCCGCUGUAACUAUCAGGCUCGGUCCCGCGCCACCGUCAGGUUCCGCAGAGUUUCCAACCGCCCUUAAACUGCCACUCCAUUCCUCCCUGCACGGCCUCAAACGUCCGACAUCAACGCAAUCGCCUCAACCAUCACCAGCGCAUCGCUUCAUCACAUCAUGGCCUCACGAGGCCCCAAUGAAGGGUCGCCCAAGCCAGAAGUUGGCGACACCUUGAUUGUGAUACAUGAUUUCCAGGCUCGAAGCUCCGAUGAACUUAGUCUUGCGAAGGGCGACCGAGUUGAACUCAUAGAACGAGACGACGAGUUUGGUGAUGGAUGGUUCCUCGGCCGUCAUCUGGUAAACAAUAACAAUGGACUCUUUCCUGAAGUUUACACUAGGCCAGCCCCAAGAAAUAUUCCCACGAGCACUUUUAGUGCUUCAAAGGCCCAGACUGCUCAGCAAGAACAGGCUCAGAACUCGAGCGCUGAUACAGGUACCAAAGAAGAGAACGAGUUGCAACAACCACAAAAUAGGAACCCUGUGACAUUACCUCUCAAUAACGUCAAAUCUGAACCCACACUGGUGCCAAGCGAGCCACCUGUGUUGCCCGCCUUGAGCCAGCUAACGACUCAGAAUCAGGACAGCCCUGUCUUGCAUGAAACGCUCACUGUUAUUGACGAGCACAUUACCGAUUUACGAUCACCUGCGAGCAACGGCGGACUCCGAGCGAUAGCGAACGAUUCUGGAAGCGAAUACAGCAGCACCCAUCCCGAUCAACGAGCAUCGUACAUCCAAGGUGAAGAGACUGACGAAGAAGAGGAGGGUUUUCAUACACGAGACGAAGUCGAAUCGUGGUCUCCUGAUGAUGUUGCCGAAUAUCUUUUUACGUCGGGAGUCGAAAAGCACCAUUGCGAGGUCUUCAGAGACCAGGAGAUAUCCGGCGAGGUUAUCCUCGGUAUGGAUCAGAGCUCACUGUUCAUCAAGGCGUUCGAUCUUGGGUCUGUCGGCCGGCGCCUCAAGACUUGGCACAAGAUCAAGGCACUUCAGGAUGAAGUGAGUAACCAAGGCUUGGAGACACGACGUACGACGCAAACCUUUGGAAACGAUGGUUCAGAAGAAGGCCGUAGAUCUCGGAGCCGAGCAAACACCCUAACCAAUCGGCCCACUUCUAUUCAGACGAGGCGACUCUCCUUAUCACAGAAUACGCCAAAGGCAUCUCCAACAUUUGGAGGAUCUCAUGCGCAAGAGAGCUCUAACCGCGCUAGUCAUAUCAAGCGGCCAUCCGCGGCAUCGAUCAGGGAAUUGAACCAUUCGCGUCGACACUCUUCGUCAACUGAUUUUCGCCAAGCUGGCCCUGCGGCGGCAAGCCCAGCCGUUCCCGUUCCUAGGAUCGCGACAUCGGGUACUUUCCCCGGAAGCGAGACCGCCCAUAAAAAGCAACCAUCAUUUGACAGAAACUGGACCCUGGGCAACGCUUAUUCGCAACCCCCCCAGCGGCCCCUUUCUUCAACUGGUCUUCAAGAUUUACUUAGCCCAUCGGGAGCAGAAGCACAGGAUUCUACUGUCGACGCUGAUCGGGGUUACUUCUCUGGAACAGAGGUGGAUGGGAGGAAAAGAAACUUAUUGCGAAAGCGCGACAGCAAUGCUGAAUCGAGAAAGUCAAGCUAUGCGGAAGAGCAAAGGGUUAGAAGUGCCACAGCUAUGGCACGACAGUCAAGAUUCGGUAGCGUGGGGUCUAUUGCGGAAGGGGGUAUCUCGUCAGCAGCUCAGAAGUACUACGGUAUUCAGUCUGGCGCUCAUAGGAGAACUGCGUCAGCCGCUUCGGAAUCAACGAUGAAUAUGCCGCCACCCAACGACGUUCCUUCACCCACCGUCACCAAACUGGACACUUCAGUCAGUUCCGCUCGCUCAACCGCCUCACCUAUAUCAUCGAGACAUCAAGGUUUCAACUCGGACUGGCUGUCAUCAAUGGUCAACAAACCCAUUGCCCUGGCUGGAGGAAAGGGUAUGCGGGCCAUAUCUGAUAACCUUAGCCUUGAUCGAUCGAAGGCUUCAACUCCAACGGACUCAUCGAACAAAGAUUUCUUGGUCGACUCACCUGCGCGAACCGGCUCGACAACUCCAUCAGGUGGAGCAAGUUUCGAUCUUGAAUCUCCCGACACUGCCAAGAGUCCCAAUACUCCUGUAACCCAGGUCAACAAGAAGGCUGGUAAGAAGGGCAAGAAGGAAACGAGCGCCUACACCCGCGGGCUGCUCAAAAUCUCGCCAAAAGAAGCAAGCAAAGAUGCCGAUUAUAGUGGUUGGAUGAGGAAGAAGAGUUCCAACCUCAUGACAACCUGGAAGCCUCGUUUCUUUGUUCUCAAGGGCCGACGGCUGGCAUAUUAUUACUCAGAAGAUGACGACCAAGAAAAGGGACUCAUCGAUAUCUCAUUUCAUCGAGUUCUACCAGCAGACAAUGAGAAACUCACAGGUCUUCAUGCUACGAUCACAAGCCUUGGAGGUCAGUCAAUGCCUGCAUCCCAGAAUGGCGAUGAUAACUUGGAGAAGGGAGAUGACUCUAUCUUCAUCUUCAAGCUGGUUCCUCCCCGAGCUGGCCUGUCCAGGGCUGUGAACUUCACAAAGCCAACCGUUCACUACUUCGCUGUUCCCAAUCUAAAGCAAGGUCGCCUAUGGAUGGCGGCCUUAAUGAAGGCAACAAUUGAUCGAGAUGAUACGAAGCCCAUCACUACGACGUACCAACAAAAGACAAUUUCUCUUUCUAAAGCCAAGCAGAUGCGUCAUCGCCCACCGGCUCUGAUGAACCUCGACGAAGGGGCUGAAGAGGACGCUGGUUCGGCCCGAAAGGAAGCCAACGGCCUGGGAAUUUCAUACGACGAAGCUGACAGCGGUGUUUCUGGCGUCGACAAACUCGCGGGCCAAAAGGCUGAAGAAGCCAAGUCAAGCCUCGAGUCCGAGAAAGAGAAAGAGAUCCCACAGACAGCUUGAUCAAUGCCACGCACACGGCAUUACUUACAAAUUUCUUUUUAAUUGGUGUGAGGCGUAUCUGGUCCUUCCCUAACAAAACUUCCCUUACACAUUUUCCUACCCCCCUUCUCAUAUAGAAGUUUAAUCCUUUUAUUUUUACUUGAUACCUCGGGCGCAGGGGAAAACUGGAAAUCUCAAUAAGAUAUGGUGAUGAAACAAACAGACGUGGAUGGAAUGCUAUGCAAUGGAAAGUGGAGGAGAAUCUCAGCUCAUCCCUUUGGUAGUGGAUAUGCAUGGGCCGCGACUGGCGAACAAGAACGAACACGUCAUGUUACAAGAGACAAUGAUGAUGAGGACGGCUUUUGUUACUGGCAUUUUUACAAACAUGAAGCCUAAGGAUGAUUUGCUGAGCUGGAGAAAAUGAGCGUCCCUCUGAAUGGGGUACGUACUAGUGGCUUGAAAUCUUGUUUUUCUCGUGGUCGUAAUGUGAACGAAGAUCUUUACAUUUGAGUGACACAAACCUAUUGCAAUCGAGAGCCACCUGGACUGGAUGGAGAGUUUUCUGUUGAGCACAGAAUACGGAUUGAGUUCGGGGGGCGGGCAGUUAAGCUCUGAACUUCACAUAGCCUCACGCAAAUGCAAUGAAUGCAGGGAAAAGUUCAUGAAAUAUCGAAUUGGAUAAGACGAUCGCUUGCUCUAGAGGUAUAUGAGACAAGAGAAGAAAGGGGCAUCAAUCGCCCCAACAAGAAACUCCAUGUACCUUUUUGGAUCAAGCUUCUUGGCUCGACAUGUAACCCUAUCAUGAAAAAAUUGCCCGAAAGCAUACAGGGUCCUUUGUUUGGGACGUUUGAGCCUUGGUAAAAUAAGUCCAGCGCCCCUGGGUCGUAUCCGUCGUUAGACCAUCCAAACGCCAUGAAAAGCAUUGUACCCUACUCUAGUAUUCCACUACCUCUUUCUAACCCUCGCAGUAUCCUUGAACUUGACUCUGGUCAAUCCAGAGGUGACAGCUCAGUGACUGUAACAGCAACAACAUCAAAUCACGAUCUCAAACCUUCUGGUUCAUACCCGUCAGAAGCUGUCGAAUGGAUUUCAUGAGGUGCAGCUCGAUCCCUUCGAAGUUGCCAACAGCCUCACCCUCACCAGGUGGUGGGACAAUGCUAGCGUCUGCUAUGCCUAGUACUCGGUCAAUAGCGGACAACGUGACAGCCUCCGCUUUGGCUUCGCCAAGCUUUGGGUUGAGAGCUUUGACUGAGACAUCCUUGAAGCCAUUGAUGGACGCAAGAACUUUGGCAUCAAAGAAAGGCAGCGUCUCGGCAGCAGAAGGGGAGCCAGAAGACGCGGGCCCAGGUGUGGGACUCUUUGAUUUCAUGUAAGCAUCAACAACCUGGCGGAUGCCCUUCAUGCAAAUCGUCUCCAUUUUGUCGUUCUCGGUCGCUUCUUUUUUAAGGCCGAUGCAGCGGUUGAGUGCUGACAUGACAAUCCCUUCGGCCUUGGGGUUACGAGCCUUCUUAAGGUUUUCAAUCAGACCGCUCUUCAGCUUGACAACUGCAGCGAGCAACUUGGGCUCGAUGGCAUAGCGGGCUGUGGGAGACGCUGCUGAAACCGAUGGGGUGCGGUUCACAGGAGUGGCAGGCUGUUGUUGCGCCUGUGGCGGUCCAGUUCCAGGCACAGUCUUCGCAGCUGCAGCCAGAGGCACUGGGGGAUGGGGAUGGUGCUGCUGUUGCUGCUGCUGCGCAAGGGGUGCGCCAGCAGCAGCAGCUGUAGCAUUGGCGUGCCCUUCCUCGCUCUUGAUCGGUGUGUUUGCUGGUGGGGGUGGCCGUGGUGCGUAUGGAGAGCUGUAAGUACCCUGGGGGGGCACCCCAAGCUGUGGGCGCGCAGGGGCUGGCGGAGGUCCGUAACCUGGUGGUAGCUGUGCUGGCGCCGGCGGUUGUGAUGCCACCGCUACUGGGGUUGGUUGACCAGGCGCUGGUGGUGAUGCAGACGCACCAUAUGGCUGCGCUGGCCGCCCUGGCUGUGUUUGCUGUGCCGUAUAUGUUGGCAUAUGAUAACCAGGAGGUGCUUGGCCAGGGGGGUAGCCAGGAGCUCCAGGUGCCAUAUGCUGGGCAUUAUAGGCAUACGGAGCUGGAUAUUGACCAUACGCGUGUGUUGCUGCACGAUCUGGUGACGAGGCUUUUCUCUUCUUACCAGCAUCGAGUUCAACACCUGGAACACGAGACCAAAGGUUCGUAGUCUCAUCUUUUCUGAAAGCCUCAUUUCCAAUAAGAUUAUGACGCACACUACUUUCCCAGCCUUUCGUUUCUGUAUGGAAGUAGAACCAGGGAUAUCUCUGACAAAUGCGCUUGUAAAUCUGUUUGAGCGUAAGGCCGUCCGGUCCAGCCGCGGUAAGCGUUUCGUCGAUAAGCACACCAUAGUUCUUGUUCGGCUUUUGGAGCUGUUCUUCGGUGUAGUCCUCGAUCUUGAGCUCCAAGGGAGGGGAUUUUGGUCGAGCUUUUUUCUCCUUCUUUUCUCUUGCUCGCCUCUCUGCAUCUGAACCUUCAGCACCGUCCUCCCGAGGCUUGCGAGGUUUGUACUUGCGUUUUUCUGGUCUCUCCGAGGAUCCUUCCGGCAAAGGAUGUUUUCGGGGCCGUCCGACCUUGCGUUUGAUUGGCGGCUCUACUGGAGGCGCCUGUGGUAAGGUCUUCUUGGCCAUCUCUUGCUGUUGCUUCUUCAGCAGCCGCUGCUCUCGUUUCGACAUAAUGCCAUUCUUGGGUGGCCUGCCAGGCCCCCUCUUUUUGGGUAUCUGAGGCAUCAAAUGUCCUUGAUGGGGAUCAAGCACGCCCUCAUGCUUCAAUCCGGAUUCUGCUCCUGCCAUUGUCAUGUCAUCGAUAUCCAUGUCCAUAUCCAUGUCCAUGUCCAUGUCCACUUCCGCAUCCAUUUCACCAUCUGCCUCCUCUUCCAUAUCAGCUUCAGCCUUGGCCUCCUUUUCUUGGACUGUCUCCAUUGUUUGGAUGGCUGCUGGCUCCUCAGCUUCUGCUUCUGCCUCAGCCUCAUCUUCAUCGCCGUCACCAAAGUCAGGAGACUCAGGUGGGCUGGCCACAUCAGACAACUCAUCGCUCGUGUCCUGAAUUUCGCCGUUACCAUGUGCAGACUCAAAAUCAAAACUCAUCUCUUUUCCGCCUUGGGCGUGUCGCUUUUUGAGGGCCAUGACGGGUUCUUCCUCGAUAUCCUCCUCGGCACCCGUUCGGCCCCUCUCAACUCCAUUGAUGAGAAAUCGGAAGUCGACGUCUUUGAUUUGCAAUCGAUCGCCGCAUCGCAGGACGAGCUUUUCGCGAUUGUAGUGCACAUCCUCACAGAAGAACCCAUUCUUAUGAAGGGGUAUAGCUUCAAAGACACCCAUGUCUUGAUUGUAUGCGAUCUUCAAAUGCUCCCGGGAAAUUGCUUUCGUCUUGGAAGCAAUGUUUGGACCCGGUGAGUGAAUACCAAUGAACGGAACAUGGUAUGGCGAGGGACGCAGAGAGCCCAAAUCAACUGCUGCAGCACCAGGCGUAUGAGAAACAUAUUGUCGGUUAGAAAUCAUGUUUUCCUGAGCUUGUGCUGCCGCUUCAUCCAAGUCGUGCUGUGAUGACCCCUGUGUACUCGUCUUACGCCUUUUUGUUGGUCGGGGAUUUUCCCCAGUAUCUGAUUCGGGACCCAGCAUACCUCCCUCUUCACUGACAUAGGAUUUGCUGAACUUGCUUCGAUCUGGGUGUAUCGGGGAAGGUGGCGGGAGACCUAGGUGGACGUUCUCUUCAGUACGUCGCCGAUACUCUUCGGCACGUCUUUCGUCACGGCGUGCCUGCUCCAGCGCACGCUGAUCUCGUCCAAUUAUGACAGCAUAGGUGGUCAUCUGAAACACGCUGUCGGCAAAUUCAAUACGUGCAAAGGAUUCAAGAGCCUUGUGGGAAUCUGUUUGGCGCGUCGAAUUUGUCGGGGCGAUGCCUUGGAAAGACUCGUCUAACGGGUUAGGCAAAGUGACCUGAGCUGGUGUGACUGUGGGAGGUGGUGACAUGGCUGUCGCGGCCCCUGACAUUGUAGCCAGUGCCAUCAUCAUGUAAGCGUGCUGGUUGAUGGUGGGCAUCGAUGUUGCAGCAUAAGGAGUCGACGGCGCAAACUGUUCUCCUAAGUUGUCGGCCUGCAUCUGUAGCUGCAAGGGUGUAGAUUGUUGAGCUUGAUCAACGUUUAAUGUUGCAGCCGCAUCGCGAGGAGUAGAAGCGUCAAGCAUGGUGUGAUCACCAGAGUUAACAUUCACAUGAGCUGAGGCCGCGGUAUUCAAUGGCAUCUCCAGCUGUUGCUGUGAUGUUGAUGUGGUAGCAUUAGCGGCUAUGGCAGGAGCGCUCGGGACGCCGUGAGUCGAGGGCGGCGUAGAUGGUGAAGGUCGAGAGUCCGACACUUUCGCUGGGGCAGAAGAUGCUGAUUCUUGGUUAGGGGUUGCGGCCUUUGGUGCAAGAGCAGCCGAAGGUUCUUCGGGUGAAGGGUUUAAUGAGACUGUUGGACGAGAAGCAGAUACAGUUGGUACGAUGGCAGUCGAGGGAGGCGCGGGAGUGGAUGUGGAAGUUGACUUUGAAGCGUCGACGGUCUUGGCCAUAGUCGAAGAGGAGGAAACCCCAGCAGAGUUUCCGUUUGAAUUUGAGCUUGAAGUUUGAAUUGAGGCAGAAGCAGAAGCAGAAGCAGAAGGCGCUGGGACCGGGGGUUUGGCCGGUGCCGGGUCAGCAACUUUUGAAUCGCGGUUUUCGUCGUUGCUCGUCGGUGAAUGCGAAGUCGCGUUUAUCUUUGUCGCAGAUGGGGUGGGAGUCGCAUUUGAUGGCGUCGCAGCUGGUGAAGACGCAGCUUGUGUUUGUGUUUGUGUUUUUGUUUCUGUUUCUGUUUCUGUUGAUGUCGUUGUCACGGUCCUGGAUGCGACAGCCUGGGUAUCUCUGUCGGCACCCAGGCUGUUUUGCAGGCCAUUCAGGCCAGCAAUGGACGAAGUCAUCGCUGCUCGUGCGACCAGCUCCUUCGUCACUUCGCCCUCACCUCAGGGUGUAAUCCAGAAGGUAUCGCCGUUGGCUGGAGACGGGGAAAAUAAAAGGUUCAAGCGGGCGAGGCUUUCUGGGUCCUUUGAGCCGCGAUAACUGAGAUGGUCAGGGCGGGCAAGGCUGCACGUUUUGAUAGGUCAGCUGAGGGGCUUCCUUCCUUCACGGACCCCGAGUCUCCUCUUACUUGCUAGAUUGGCGGUUGACCGCGAUGUUUUGCGCCGCUAGUACGCUUUGGGCAAUCAGGAAGUCGCAAUCACGAAUAUGACCUUGUUGGGUUGCACUUUCCCAGGCAUUUACUUGUGCGAAGAUUGAAGGAACCAGUUUCGAUAUUGUUUUAACAAGAGGCAGGUAGAGAAGACAUAAAUCACCUUUGUAAGGUAGACGACUCUGAUAAGCAAGUGUUACCUCAGGCAAAGACCUUACUGCAUCUCCCCUUGAGUAAGGUACACAUGGUGGUACUCAAGUUCUCUCCCCGCGCUGUCAGCCACCUACCUGAGUUGUAGGUUUAUUCCUUAUUGUUCAGGAACCAAAAUAGAGAUCUCUAGGAACAAUGCUUCAACUUUCAUAGGUAAACAAAAGCCGAUCUUAUUCAUUUUCUCGAACCCUCGAUAACAUAAAAAAUAUCCAAUCUUCAAUGUCACUCAGAUCCAGCCCCACUUUGUCACUUCUGAGUGACUUGUAUUAUGUUCGAAGACUUAUCAAUUCUAGCAUGUUAUAUCGUACCGUCCUGACUUGACAUUUCUGGGGACUCUCAUUCUGUAUAUGACAAUUUAGUUGGGGACCAGUAGUGCAAUCUUUUGCGUUUUCCCUUACUGCGC